AUUUUUUCUAUUGCGAUGAGCAAAUGCAAAACGGGUUUGUGCCCGACCCGCAAUAUCAGCAGCAGUUGGUGUUAUUGGAGGCAAAAGCUAUGGAGGAAAAGAAACUCACGGGCAAACGGCCAAGGGAUGAAGAACAAAAUGCGUUUAGUAGUUCGAAAAAAUUGUCGAGAGAGACUAUUUCGCAGUACUUUUACAUGCCAAUAACACUAGCUGCACGAGAGCUAAACGUCGGUUUAACUGUGUUGAAAAAGAGGUGUAGGGAGCUGGGGAUUAGGAGGUGGCCUCACAGGAAGCUUAUUAGUCUUCAAACACUUAUCAAGAAUCUCCGGCUUCAGCUCCUCCAAUCCCUUACUCUCAUACUCCGUCAACCCCUCGAGAUCCUUCUUCACAAACCCUUCCACCCCUUCCCUCCCAAUCUUCACCCUCGACGCGAAAAACGGCAACUCGGCCACUACGCUCGACUCAACAUACGCAAACUCGUAAACAUCCGUAUCCCCAUCAAGUGCCCUCAGAGACGACUCCAAAAACCGAGCCGCCGCGUAAGCCAUCGACAGCGUGGCAGACCCCGCGCCCGCCUUCGCCUCCACCACCUCCGUCCCCGCAUUCUGUAUCCUCCACGUCAGCUCCGCCGCCUCCUCCUGCGAAUAACUCGUCAAGGGCCUCGUCUUCGAAAGCAGGGGCAAAAUCGUAAUUCCGGCGUGCCCCCCGACAACCGGCACGUCCACAUCAAUCAGCUUCAAGCCCUUCUUCUCGGCAACGAACGUGUUCGCUCGGACCACGUCGAGUGUCGUCACGCCGAAAAGCCUCUUCGGGUCCACCUCGGCUGCGAUCGGGACGGUCGAGUUGACCGGGUUGCUGAUGACGUGGACGAACGCGUCGGGACAGGUGUCGGCCACGGCCUCGACGAGGCUCUUCACGAUGUUGGCGUUGAUGUUGAAGAGGUCGUCGCGCGUCAUCCCAGGCUUGCGCGGGACGCCGGCCGGAAUCACGACGACGUUGGCGUCUUUCAGGCAGUCGGAGAGCUCGGAAGCUCCGGUGAAGUCUCGGACGGCGGACGGGGUGUUGCAGUGGCUGAGGUCAGCGGCGACGCCUUUCACGUUGGCGAUGUCGUAGAGGUUGAGGGAGGAGACGAGAGGGAACAUUUUCGCGAGGAGGGCCAAAGGCUGGCCGAUUCCGCCGGCUGCGCCGAGAAUGGCGACGUUGAAGGAAGCUUGGUGAAAGUGAGGGUUUCGGGGGAUUUGCCGAGGAAGGAUGAGUUUAGGCGGCUGGAAGGCGUGGGCCGGAAGUUGGGGUUGAGAGUGAAGGCUCGGGAUUGCAUUCGGUGGCCGGAGAUGGGAGAUCCGAUCGAGAGUGUGGUUGCUGAUGUGGCCGCCAUCGAGAAUGAAACCUGCGUG